AUGCCCACCGAUGCGGCGGCUCUCCCCUCUCCACCGGACAUACCACCGUGGAAGGACGAAAGGCGUCCUUACGCGAAUAGCACUCUUCCAAGCCCCCGACCGAGAUUCCCCAAUAUCAAAGACCUGCAAGACCAGGCUGCUUGGUUGAAUGUGAACGAGAACACGCCACUCGAAGUCCUCCUUGAAACCGCCUCCGAAGCAAUCGUCCGGGCUAAGGAACUCGCAGACAGUGAGCCCGACAAGGCUUACGUGCAAUACCUCCGUGCCUCGGAAAUCACCGUCAAUACCAUCCCGCACCACCCCAACUAUCGGACCGCUACUAUCCCACAUCCUGGAUGGCAUAAGGAAUUCGCGGGUCUGAUGAUGGCGGUGCGCACCAAACAGGGCACGAUGGACGCGAUCAAGCAAGAAAUUAUCGAGGACAAUCUUCGGAGCAAUGUACAACCAACUGGGUCUUAUACAGCACCCCCCUUCAACACACAGACACCGACCACUCCACGGGGCCGUGAGAAUCGCAAUUCUGACGCGGACUCUGUGAGAAUGCCCAGCCCGACACAAUUUCAGCGAACCCCCGAUUCCCAGGCACAGCCGAAGAGAUUCUCGAGCCCUGCAGAAGAUAUGCUGGCCCAGCGGUUUGCGAGGCUCAAGACUUCUCAGACGCGCGACAAUGAGCAUGGCGACAACGUGCACCCCACCUCUGCUCCCUCGGUGCCUGCAGGUCAGGUUUCCGCAUCUACCUCCAACGCUCCUCCGGCUAACUAUGGAUCUCCACCUCGUCGCCCUCUUGGUCCACGAAGCAUGGGGUCCUCAACUCAUGUCCCGGCUGUUCCACCCAAGCUUCCUCUCACGACGACAUCCCUUCCACGUGCACCCGACCCCACCUACAGCCCGCUCUACACUGUUCCGUCACAGCCUCCACCAAACCCUCCACGAACUUCUACUGAAGGCACGAGAUCGUUCAACCAACGCUACUCGCAAUUCACAAACUCUCCUCGCGGUAGCCCGAGUCGCGGGUCCGACCAAAGCCCGUAUAGAUCACGAACGCCGAAUGGCGUCCACUCAGCGCGCGAAACGCGAAGCAACUCGCCCGAUUUACCCCAUUCCCCUGCUAUCUCGGCCCAAGAUCUCUUGGAAUAUCUUCGAAGAUUCAAUGUAUUACUGGUCGACGUCCGGUCUCGAGACCAGUACGACAAUGGCCACAUAUACGCUAAGUCCAUCAUUUGUAUCGAGCCAGUGGUUCUGAAAGAGAAUGUAUCCGCGGAAGAGCUCGAAGAACGGCUCGUUGUGUCGCCAGAACAUGAGCAGGGUUUGUUCGAGCGACGGAAUGAGUUUGAUUUGGUCGUUUAUUAUGAUCAAAAUACGGAGUCGGUCAGUUAUCUGGUAGGCUCGCCCGCCGGGACCACAGCACCACAUCUGCGAGCUCUUUACGACACCCUUUAUGAAUUUAAUGAGUAUAAACCGCUAAGGAGUGGGCGUCCUCCAGCGCUCCUGAUUGGAGGACUGGACGCAUGGAUUGACCUUAUUGGACAGCAAUCGCUGGCCACAUCAUCCACUGCUACUGUAAUGGGAUCGCUCCAGAGCAAGCGGCCUGUUGCCAAGCCUGGUAGACCUUUGGGCCGCGUGCCAACUAUGGCUAGUGCCAAUUCAAGCUUGGAGGUUCGCAAGAGAAGACUUCGCGAGUUCACUCCGCUCAACUCGGAAGAAUUGUCGGCAUGGAUGGAAAGGUCCAAAAACGAAGAGAUUGACACCAGUCACUAUCUCGAAGAGGAGCCGCCGACGGAAGAGCCCCUAGAGGAGCCGGGUGUUGCAGAACCUUUGACACCAUUUGUUCACAACUACGAGGACUUCCUUCGUCGUUUCCCUGAACCACACCAUGUCCAGCAGUCAAUGACACGACCCGAGUCCAAGCCAGCUCCUCUUCCAAUGCGAAUGCCAAGUUUCCCUUCUCCUGUGCCCACAGCUCCGUCACGACCACCCCCGGCAGUUCCUCGCCCCAGCUACAGUGGUGUAUCGGAUGGUCGACAGAUUCAGCCCCAUCUGGAGCGACAGAACUCCGCGACCCGCACCGCUUUGUAUACAUCGAACUCGCUUCUCAGUCGUCUUAAACUUCCGAGAACGGGGCUGACAAAUUUUGGUGUUACCUGUUACAUGAACUCUACGCUUCAGUGUCUGAGUGCAACUGUAAUGAUGAGCAAGUUCUUCAUUGACAACCGGUUCCGAUACUAUGUGCAAAAGAAUUGGAAAGGGUCACAGGGUGUGAUGCCCGGAUUCUAUGCCAAUCUCAUCCGGUCUCUAUGGAAGAAUGAUGUGGAAGUUAUCAUGCCGAGUUCUUUCCGGAACCUCUGUGGACGGUUGAACCGAGAAUGGGCCAUCGAUCGUCAACAAGACGCCAAGGAAUUCUUUGAUUUUGUGGUAGACUGUCUUCACGAAGAUCUGAAUGUGAACUGGCAACGGAACCCACUGCGACCCCUGACGAUUGCCGAGGAGAUGCAGCGCGAGCGCAUGCCUGUGCAAAAAGUAUCCCGUAUUGAAUGGGAUCGGUACUGCCAUCGAGAGGAGUCAUUCAUAUCGUCCCUCUUUGCUGGGCAGCAUGCCAGUCGGCUCCGCUGCACGACUUGCCACCAGACGUCAACCACCUACGAGGCCUUCUACAGUAUCAGCGUUGAGAUUCCACCAACGGGUAGUGCAGAUAUCUAUCAGUGUCUCCGGAGCUAUUGCAAGGAAGAAAUGCUGAGCGGCGAUGAGGUUUGGAAAUGCCCACAUUGCAAAUGCAAGCGCAUGGCGACGAAGCAGAUCUUUAUCACACGGGCCCCGCAGAUUCUGGUCGUCCACUUCAAACGCUUUUCAGCCUCCAAGACACAGAGUGCGCGCAAGAUUCACACUCCGAUCGAGUUUCCUCUCCACGGCUUACGGAUGGAUGAGUUCCUGAUCCGCAACCCGGCACAGGUGCCAGACCCCGCGGCGGCUCCCUCUAUGGAUCCGACGGUCCCUCCGUUCACCUAUGAUUCAUUUGCCGUGCUACGACACAUUGGGUCGUCCAUGGGCAGUGGUCAUUACAUCUCGUUGGUGCGUGACGCGGAGCGGCAGUGUUGGCGACGAUUCGACGACGAGCGGGCGACUGACUUCAACCCGCGCGAUCUGCGGGCGCGCGACCGGCUUCAGAACGAGCAGGCAUACAUUGUUUUUUAUGAGCGAGUCCCAGCGAAAUGA